GGUGCCGUACCUCGCUCCUCUGCUGAGGACGUGCACAGUGGCUACCAUGGAAUCUGCUGAUGCGGACCGGCGCAUAUUGUCAUCCAGGGGCUGAGGGCGGGGUCCGUUUGCUAUGUACGACACUGUCCGCUUGUGACUGAGUUCCAGCAGCAGCGCUGCGAGCAGUGGCGGAGAUGGCGCGUCUGGUGGCUGUAUGCAGGGACGGAGAGGAGGAAUUUCCCUUUGAUAGGAGGCAGAUCCCGCUGUACAUUGAUGACACGCUAACGAUGGUGAUGGAGUUUUCAGAUAACAUGUUGACCCUUGAUAAACAGAUUGACACCUUGCAACUGAAGCAGUUUAUACAGCGACAUGGCAUGCUGAAAGAGCAAGAUUUAAGUAUUGCAAUGAUGGUCACAUCGCGAGAAGUCUUUAAUGCUCUGUCUCAGCUUGUCCCAUGCGUUGGUUGUCGAAGAAGUGUGGAACGCCUUUUCACUCAGCUUGUGGAGUCUGGAAAUCCAGCGGUGGACCCUCUUUCUGUGGGUGCUAAGGGUGUACUUACUCUUUCACACAGUUGCAUGACUGAUGCAUCAAAGUUGUAUACACUGUUUUAUGUUUGUGGGAGUAAACUGAGCAAUAUGAUUGAAGCAAUUCCAAAAAGCAAGAAGAAUAAAAGAUGCCAGUUACAUUCUCUUGAUACACACAAACCAAAGCCUUUAGGGGGGAACUGGAUGGAUAUUUGGGAAGUAAUGUCCCAGGAAUGCCGUGAUGAAGUUGUUUUAAUUGAUUCCAGUUGUCUUUUGGAAACUUUGGAAAAUUACCUUCGAAAGCACAGGUUUUGCAUAGAUUGCAAGAAUAAAGUACUUAGAGCAUAUAACAUUUUAAUUGGAGAACUGGAUUGUAGUAAAGAAAAGGGCUACUGUGCUGCACUCUAUGAAGGCCUCCGCUGCUGUCCACAUGAACGACACAUUCAUGUCUGCUGUGAGACAGACUUCAUUGCUCAUCUUUUGGGUAGAGCUGAGCCAGAGUUCGCCGGAGGGUAUGAACGUAGGGAAAGACAUGCUAAGACAAUAGACAUAGCACAAGAAGAAGUUUUAAUAUGCCUUGGUAUCCAUCUGUAUGAGAGACUUCACCGAAUUUGGCAGAAAUUGCGGGCUGAAGAGCAAACCUGGCAGAUGCUUUUCUAUCUUGGGGUUGAUGCACUGCGCAAAAGUUUUGAGGUGACCGUGGAGAAAGUACAAGGAAUCAGCCGAUUAGAACAGCUCUGUGAAGAGUUUUUGGAAGAGGAGCGAGUUCAAGAACUAAAGCAAGAAAAGAAACGUCAAAAGAAGAAAAAUAGGAGAAAAAAUAAGUGUCCUUGUGAUCUACCAGCUUCACAAGAAAUUGCAGAAACCGCAGUUAUAAGUCCACAAAAUGAGCCAUCAGGUUUUAUAGAAAUUGGCUGCAAUUCCUGCAGUUCCUCAGAAGAAAACAGUGGCUGUGUAGAAGUUGUAAUAACAAAUGAAAAUUCUUCUUGCACGUGUCCAAGUGGCGGUGAUCUGUUGGCAUCUCCAAAAACAAAAAAAGCAAGCUUGACACCGCGUUCUAAUGGCAGUGAUUGUGGCUAUUCAUCUAGCAUGGAGGGUAGUGAAUCGGGCUCUCAGGAGGGAUCAGACGUGGCCUGCACUGAAGGAAUUUGUAACCAUGAUGAAGCAGGGGAAUAUUUGUGUGUCAACUGCGAUAAAGAGGAAGAUGGUUAUAGUUGUGUAGAGUGUUGGGCCAAUUCAUCAAAAGACAGCCUGAAGGGAAAAAAGAAGAAGAAGAAGUAUAAAUGUGAAAAUGAGAAUACGCUAAAACAGGCUACGUGUACUCAAGAAACCUUAAGCAGUGUGCAUGGUGAUCAGUCCAAAAAUGGGAAGGUUGAUGGCUGCUGUUCUUCCAUGGAAUGCACUGGACAGUCAUGGACAGAUCACAGGAGUGGAAUAUUUAAAUGUUUAGGCUCAGCACAACCCACACACAGUUCUGAAGUUGGAAAAGAGACAAAGAGCUUGAAAGAACUCCUGGAUGAAUCAGAAUGCACUUCAGAAGAGGAAGAUGGUCUCUCUCAAGAUGAAAUACAGGCCUUUAUGGCAAAUAACCAGUCAUUUUACAGCAACCGGCAACAAUUUAGACAGUAUCUGAAGGAAAAGUUUAACAAGUACUGUCUUCUACAUGAUCACAGGAAUCCUCUUUGUAGUAGCUGGUUGGUUACAGCUGGAGCAAUUUAAACAAAAUAAACUACUGCUGUCUUUCUUUGAAACAAUCAGAAUGACUACUGCACCUUUUCUGUCUGUCAACAUUAAACUUUUACCAAAUUUUGUCCCUCUGUUUUCUUUUCUUUUUUUUAAUAGGGAAGAGGUUAAGCACGUUUUUGUUUACUUUUGGACUGUAAUUUCUUUAAUGACCCGUCACACUUCUCCCCUCACUCCAGUUUUAUUUUUGUUAAUUUCAAAAUUAUAAAUGUACACACAUGCAUACAACCUUUAGUACCAUAAGUAAUAUUGUAAUGGUAAUUUUGUACAAAAUGGCGAUGAAAGACUAUAGGAUUUAGCUAAAUUAGACAUCCACUUGCUAAAUGUUUUGGAUUUGAUCAUGUAAAAGUGCAAUGUGCAGAACUGAAAAAAAUAAAGAAUAUUUAUUAAUAUGCA